GAGGAGUCGCGGCCGCUCACACACGCACACACUGACAGGCAGCAGGAAUCAGGGGACCCUUCACAACGAGAGUUGCUCCGGGUGAACCAGCCUGCAGUAUUAAUAACAACCAGUUUAACGAUAAGCCGAUUAAACGACCGAUUCCGAAUUUAACGGAGGAACUAUGUCCAAGGGACCAGCAGUCGGCAUUGACCUGGGCACUACCUACUCCUGUGUAGGAGUGUUUCAGCACGGCAAAGUUGAGAUCAUUGCCAAUGACCAGGGAAACAGGACCACACCCAGUUAUGUUGCCUUCACUGACACUGAGAGGCUGAUUGGGGAUGCAGCCAAGAAUCAGGUGGCCCUGAACCCCAACAACACAGUAUUUGAUGCAAAGCGUCUCAUUGGACGUCGGUUUGAUGACAGCGUUGUCCAGUCAGACAUGAAACACUGGCCAUUUAUAGUCAUUAAUGAUGCUACACGCCCCAAAGUACAAGUGGAGUACAAGGGCGAGACCAAAACCUUCUACCCAGAGGAGAUCUCCUCCAUGGUGCUAAUUAAAAUGAAGGAGAUCGCAGAGGCAUACCUUGGGAAGACUGUAACAAAUGCAGUCGUGACUGUGCCUGCCUACUUCAAUGACUCUCAGCGCCAGGCCACCAAAGAUGCAGGGACCAUUUCUGGGCUUAAUGUCCUUCGUAUCAUCAACGAGCCGACUGCUGCUGCUAUUGCUUAUGGCCUGGACAAAAAGGUUGGAGCUGAGAGAAACGUCCUCAUCUUUGACCUGGGCGGUGGCACGUUUGACGUCUCCAUCUUGACCAUUGAAGAUGGCAUCUUUGAGGUGAAGUCCACAGCAGGCGACACACACUUGGGUGGAGAAGACUUUGACAACCGAAUGGUCAACCACUUUAUCGCCGAAUUCAAACGCAAGUACAAAAAAGACAUCGGCGACAACAAGAGGGCGGUGCGUCGUCUGCGCACGGCGUGCGAGAGGGCCAAGCGCACUUUGUCAUCCAGCACUCAGGCCAGCAUUGAAAUCGAUUCUCUGUACGAGGGAGUUGAUUUCUACACCUCGAUCACCAGGGCCCGGUUUGAGGAGCUGAACGCAGACCUGUUCCGAGGAACCCUGGAGCCCGUGGAAAAGGCUCUCCGUGACGCCAAGAUGGACAAGGCUCAAAUCCAUGACAUUGUCUUGGUGGGAGGUUCGACUCGUAUUCCCAAGAUCCAGAAGCUGCUGCAGGACCUUUUCAAUGGGAAGGAGCUCAAUAAGAGCAUUAAUCCUGACGAAGCAGUGGCCUAUGGUGCAGCUGUGCAGGCAGCCAUCCUGUCAGGCGACAAAUCGGAGAAUGUGCAGGACCUGCUUCUGCUGGACGUGACCCCCUUGUCUCUGGGCAUCGAGACUGCCGGAGGAGUCAUGACUGUUCUCAUCAAGAGGAACACCACGAUCCCCACAAAGCAGACGCAGACUUUUACCACCUAUUCAGACAACCAGCCUGGUGUACUCAUUCAGGUGUUUGAGGGUGAAAGGGCCAUGACCAAAGACAACAACCUUUUGGGGAAAUUUGAGCUGACUGGAAUCCCCCCGGCACCCCGAGGGGUUCCCCAGAUUGAGGUGACCUUUGAUAUCGACGCCAACGGCAUCAUGAACGUGUCCGCGGUCGACAAGAGCACCGGGAAGGAGAACAAGAUCACGAUCACCAACGACAAAGGUCGCUUGAGCAAGGAGGACAUUGAGCGUAUGGUCCAGGAAGCAGAGAAGUACAAGUCUGAGGAUGACGUACAGAGAGAGAAGGUGUCUGCCAAGAACGGUCUCGAGUCCUACGCCUUCAACAUGAAGUCCACCGUGGAGGACGAGAAACUGAAAGACAAGAUCAGCGACGAGGACAAACAGAAGAUUGUGGACAAGUGUAACGAGGUCAUCAGCUGGCUGGAUAGAAACCAGUCUGCAGAAAAAGAUGAGUUUGAGCAUCAGCAGAAGGAGUUGGAGAAGGUGUGUAACCCCGUCAUGACCAAGCUGUACCAGAAUGCAGGGGGCAUGCCGGGGGGCAUGCCGGGGGGGAUGCCGGGCGGCUUCCCUGGAGCUGGUGAUGUUCCUGGAGGAGGAGCAUCCUCCGGUCCCACCAUUGAGGAGGUUGACUAAACUUGUGGUUUAGCAAACUUGCAUGAGCUUGUUCUUUUUCCUGUUUUGAGGUUGGUGUGAAGGGUGAUCACAGUCGUACUAUCUCAGUUAUCUAAAUUGUUAUAGUCAGAACCAUUAACCACGUCUCUUUUGGGAUUGUUUUGAUCAUUUUUGUGGGCCGGGCUUAAGACAACCUUUGCACUGUGUGGCUUCUCAAGCGACUGUGUUGCAUCUAGUUAAACCAGUUAAUGUUCCUAUUACCACAGUGUGUUCCUUUCUGAGUUGGUUAUGUGUACUUUGCAAAAUGAGACUAAAUAAAAGUUAUUUUUGAACUUGGA